GGGUUUGGGGCUGCGAGCGCCGAAAUGUCUUCGGCUGUGACGAAGACGACGGGUUCUGUAUCUUCCACGCAGCCCGGCACGCCGAACGCACGGCAGUGCACCUUUCAGUAGCAGUCCGGGAGUCGAUCGGUGCGGAACACAUCGCAGCAGCGAUUUGUGGAUCGCGUGAACUUCACACACGCGGCCAGUGGCUACGGCCAACACACAGCUACAGCCUCCAGUGGCACACACAGUGACACCCACCCCGCGGUGGGACGGACAGUUUGUGGAAGGCUUUCUCCCACAGCUAGUGCUAAAUGAACUCGUCCCCCGUCCCGAGUUUUGGAACUGUUUGGGUAGGUGGGAUCGCACAGGUCGUGCAGGUGCAAAGACUUUGGGUGUAAGGGGAAUGGUUUUAGCGGCUUCACGGGAAGCCAGCGACACAGUGAGGCGACAGCUCUGGGAGGGCUGAGUGUGACAGACCCUUUUGGUGUAGUGCAGAGUGAAAUAUAGCGUGACUAUCCGUGGCAGUGAUUCCAAGUGCGGAAGAAGAGCGUCCAAUGGUGAUGGUCUUAAGAAUGUUUGGGAAAAAAACAACUGUUCAAACUACAAUAAUAUAAGACAAACAAUAAGAAGGCAAACAAAAACAAAACACUGACACAGGCUUACGAGUGGCGUCAAAGUCAGCAAAACACACAUACACACGCACACAAUAACGGCUUACGGUUGGAGUGAAAAGUGUGAACUCGAGUGGUGCAAUAAUAACGGCGAAGAGGAUGGCACGACGGCAGCAAACCAUCGAUGAAAUAUUUCAUAACUCAUAAGAGCGACGCCACACUGCACUAAGCAACUCUCGCGCGAGCGCGCGCGUCCCACAACUGUCAGCGUCAGCCGCCAGAACCGUCCUCGUCCAGUGACUGCCAUAUUUGCAAGAUUCGGUAGAGGAACCGAUCAGUGCGAGUGCUCACGGUGGGUGCGCGGGUACGCGCGGGAGUGCUGCCAGCGAGUGAAACAACACCGUUCGGCGACACAACAACAACAGCAGCAGCAGCCGACUCCCAGCAAGGUGCCAAAAAAAACGGGUGGCCGGCGUGGUACUGGGAUACUGUUGGCGGGGUGAGAACACGAAAAGUGCUUCCGUGUCGGAAUUCCUUCCGAUUUGUCAGCGGUUUUUGUUGCGCUGCUGUGUUCGAUUGCUACCGCACCCACCCCCCCCCCCCCCACCCCGCACAUACACCCUCAACCCACCCACACAGCAGCGGAAGCAGAAGAAGAAGUCCACUCUCCGGGCCGUUCGCCAGCCACAACCCUUAGCAGUGUGGGAAGGGUGUGUGUGCGCGCGUGAGUGAGUAAGUGUGCGUGUGUGUGUGUAUGCUGCUGCCAGCGCUGCUGCUACUGCCGCCGCCGUUGCCGUUGCUAGACUCGUUUGAAUGGCUUACGGGGCGAGUACGGCGAGCGUGAACCAACUGCUGCUGCUGCUGCUGCCACGACCACAAAAUGGCUAGAUUCUACCAGACGGCUACAUUCGGCAAACUGUUUCACAAUUGGAUCGAAGGGGAAAGACGCCAUGACGCCAGCAGCAGCAGCAGUCGCAGCCGCCGCCACAUCGCAGUAGCUGCUCCCGCAUCAGCAACCCGCAACCGCACCCGAGCCCGCCGAACGCCCACAGGCCGUGUUGUCCAUCGGCGCGUCGUAGUCGCCACCGCCGUCACCGUCAGUCGUUGUGUCCACGUCACCAGCCGCCGGAACGGCCCGGACCGGAGCCAUGAACGAGUCGGAGUGUGCCAGCCUGCUCGCGUCCGUACAGUGGACGGAUCCGACCAAUCUGGUCUCGCUGGCGGUGCUCGCCUUCAUCAACGUGCUCGUCAUCGUCGGCAACUGUCUGGUGAUUGCGGCCGUGCUCUGCUCGCACAAGCUGCGCAGUGUUACCAAUUUUUUCAUCGUUAGUCUAGCUGUUGCUGAUUUAUUAGUCGGAUUAGCUGUAUUGCCAUUUUCGGCUACCUGGGAGGUGUUUAAGGUUUGGAUAUUCGGUGACGUCUGGUGCCGCAUCUGGCUGGCGGUCGACGUCUGGAUGUGCACGGCCUCGAUCCUGAACCUGUGCGCCAUCUCGCUGGACCGGUACGUUGCCGUCACCCGGCCAGUCACCUAUCCGAGCAUAAUGUCGACCAGGCGGGCCAAGUCGCUCAUCGCCGGGCUGUGGGUGUUGUCCUUCGUGAUCUGCUUUCCGCCGCUGGUCGGGUGGAAGGAACAGAAAGUGAAAGAGAACGUUUAUUAUCAAUACGGAAACUACACACUGGUGUCGGUGACACCGUCCCCCGCGCCUCCCCUUCCCUGUCCCUGGACGUGCGAGCUGACGAACGACGCCGGGUACGUCGUCUACUCAGCCCUCGGCUCCUUCUACAUUCCCAUGUUCGUGAUGCUGUUCUUCUACUGGCGGAUCUACCGGGCGGCCGUCCGGACGACGCGCGCCAUCAAUCAGGGCUUUCGCACCACCAAAGGUGGCAAGAACAAUCUCGACGACAGUCUGACGCUGCGGAUGCAUCGCGGCAAAGGUGUCGCCUCGCUGAUGGAGUCGACGAUACGGGCCCAGAACGCGGUCCGGAUGUCGCUGGAGGGGUCGGGCCGGGGAGCACCGCCGCCACCAUCGUCUCACCCGACGCAGCAAUCGUUGCCGCCGCCACCGGCAACGCCGACGCCGCCCGACGCACAGAACGGUGGCACCAGUACGGACGGUGGCAGCAGCGGCACCUCGCCGAAUCCUCAAAUCUCGAUCUCACGUGCCUCGAGCGGCAGCGUGGUCGUGUUGCCCUGUCCCCGGCCGACCACGACCACGACCACGACCGCGACCGGCCUGCAGAUAUCGCUGCACAAUCACCACCAUCACCAUCACCACCAUCAUCAUCACCACAGCUACCAUGGGGCGCCGGGCAGUGGCGCCCCCUCCCAGCAGCAGCAGCAGCAGCACCAGGCGUCCCAGCAGACAUCGGGCGGCCGGCACCACCACCACCACCACCAGGGCAGCAGCCGGCGCAAGAGCGUGUUCAAGGAGGCACCGGUCGGCGUGUCCCGCGACCUGUCGCCCAACUCCUCCAAGAAGCUCGGCAAGAAGCACCUGAAGGUGCAGGUGAAGCGCUUCCGGAUGGAGACGAAGGCGGCCAAAACGCUCGGCAUCAUCGUCGGCGGCUUCAUCUUCUGCUGGCUGCCGUUCUUCACCAUGUACCUGACGCGCGCGUUCUGCGCCGAGUGCAUCAACAGCCUGCUGUUUUCGGUGCUGUUCUGGCUCGGCUACUGCAACUCCGCCGUCAACCCGUUCAUCUACGCGCUGUUCUCGAAGGACUUCCGGCAGGCGUUCAAGCGCAUCAUCCUGCGGUGCCUCUGCUCGAAGCGGCUCAAGCUGAACCUGCUGCUGAAGAAGAACUCGGCGCACAACAACACGACGAACCACUCGUACAGCCCGUCGGCGUUCACGCCGAUCGCUUCGACGCCCCGGACGGAGAUUGCGGAGAGUGGCGUCGUCGGUGGUGUGUUCAGAUGACGCGCAAGCCACCCGGUGGGAAGUGGGGUUGGUCCAGCUAUCGGUACAGAUGGUCAGCAGCAGCAGCAGCAGCAGCAAUUGCUACAGGUCCAGACGUCGGCAGGAAACAGUGGAAGUGUUUCACCGACGCUGGCAGGAUUAGCCGGUACCACGAGCAUCGGUAGACUUUCCGGCAGUUCGGAUGAUAUGCGGCUACGGCCCCCGAUCCGGGGUGACCAGACAACCGAAAGCAGCAUUGACGAGGACGACGAUGACGAUGGCACAGAGCGGAAGGAUGAUGAGAAGAGCAGGCCGAGUGCCAUCUUCGAGCGCUGCCAGGUGACCGUACCGAGCCGCGGCGAAAGCUCCGAGCGAACCGUCAUACUGCUGCAUGACAUCUCACCGACAGUCCCGAUCGGUACCGCCGACGAACGCGCCCGUGACAAUCAGCGUCAGAGCGACUCCUCCAUUACGUUCCUGUGAAGCUCGAACGGUAUCGAAACGGCCACUGGGCGACGAACCUUUCACCUUCCAACCUUUCAUCAUCACAGAGGAGCAGAGCCCACACAGAACAGAGUGUCUCCCGGCAGCAGUAGCAGUAGUAGUAGUAGUAGUAGUAACACGUUAGUGAGUGAAAUGUCAAUCAGCAUAUAGCAAAAGCCAACUACAGCAACACAGGGUAUUAGCACGGUAAACAGCAACAAUGGAUCCCGUGCCCUCCAUUGCCGACAGUCUGGCCGUGGAUCGUGUUGGACAGUAGAAACAGUAACAGCCGCGUUUGUGAGUGCGAGUGUGUGUGUGUGUGUGCGUGUGUGAGUGCGUGUGUGUAUGUGAGUGUGUUUAUUUAGUAGCCGACUGGACGGUAAAACAGUAUUUUCUUGCCGCGAGUGCGUGCAAGGGGUGUUGCUCGCCCCCGCGACGGUAGGUCCUGCACGGACGCCCAACAGCGCCCAGAAGACAACGCCGCACAGCACGGGCGUACACCAAUUCCGGCCCCGGCAAAACGCCCGGUUGCGGAAGCAUAUUCUAGCAAUCCUGACAAAGAAGUAAUAAUAAUCGUAGCGCGCAAAUGGCUAAUGGAUACUAGCAAAUAACAUUAGCAACUAAUUUCAGCGUAAAAUCCCCGUAGCAAGUAAGCAAAGUAAUAUUAAUAAUAAACAAAACCACCCGCCCUCCCCCAAUCAACCCCGAUUGCCAUUUUACGCGAUAAAUAAAUCAACGCACAGGAUGCCGCACUGGCAAAGCGGCCAACUGCUUAUCUAUGCUGCUCUGUUUGGUUUGUUUUUGUUUUCUUUUUUUAAGUGUAUGUUUUUUUGUUUCAUUUGUUUGCAGUACAGUUUUGUUGGCGUUUUUUUUUUGUUCAUUUUUUAGUCGCUAAUACUAACUAAUUUUUGCUGCAGAACUUUGCGGGACAGCUUUCCCCAUUUUAUGCGUAGUGAAGAUAUACAUUUAAGCAAGAGAAGAACGUUCAUGGGAAAGCGGGAGUAAAUUGUUGAGCAAACACAUGCUUCACAACUUCGUAUGCCUUCGUAUGCCUAUGUGGUGAAGAAGUAUGGCAACAUUGAGGAAAUUUUGGUGUAAAAUGUUUAUACAAAACAAACAAUUUCGAGGUACUCGUUCCUCGUAUUAUUGCUCAAGUUGAAAUGUAGUCGUGCAUAAAAGCAUAUUGUUACGAAUGUUGUUGAAUUCCACGUUGAGGAACUAGCGUAAUCUGUUUCAAUAGACAAACUUGUAUCUUAAUCAGGGAAACCUCCGCCUGAAUAUCGAACCUCAGGGAAGAAUCGCAAAUUUCUAAAGAGAAACGCAUCAACUAUUAUUUGAUGUACUGAAGUUUAGAUCUAUUAGAAAUGGGAUACUUACGUUUGUAGCUUUUACUCUAUUCUUCCUAGUGAAAUUGAAACAUAGGGAGAGUCAUAAUAUAAAGCACGGGAACGAGGGAAAUAUUAAAGCACGAAAUUAAAUUUUGAUUUAAUACUUCGUCUGUCGAAUGUACGUAGUGAUUGCUCGGUUUAUCUUCAAUUUCGCAAUAGGCUGUCCCGUUGCGUGUCGUUCAUAUUGUAAAUCGGCUUACAGAUCAUGCUGGAGUUCUUCGAAAGCAAUUAAGCGACUUCGAACCAACGAUGAUUGGUUUUUGGUGGAAUUUCUGCAAUAUUCUUUGCAGGAUGAAUAUCUUGAUUUUUUUAAACACUCCAAUCGAAAUGUGAUCUAAAAAAGGCUAUCUAAAAUGCUAUAGAAACCCUUUCUCCAGUAAUGCAUGGUCGACAUCUUGAAUAUCUAAUAUCAUACAAAUUCUUAAAUUGUAGUAUCUCCUACGCAAAAUUCCUAUCUCGGCUAAAAAACUUGUGCGGAAACGUGGAGAAUUCUGCUACACAAGUAUCUUUCUUGUUAAUGAGACAUCUUCGAACAAUUAAUUCUCACCCUAUAGAUAUUAUUCCCAAGCAGCUAUGUUUAUCCCGAUGGCAUUAUCUUCACGGCCUGGAUCUUCAAAGAUCUCAAGCACAUCACAAAAUCUGAAUGCCCUGUUCCUCGACUCGCUCUCGAUUCAGAACUCAGAACUGGAUCCAUUAUCGUCUGGACAUAGUUUUCGACAUAUCUUAAUGAUCUAGUUUUCAAACAAACAUGGUCGUCUCGUUGCAUUUAACGACUGUCAAAUUUGACAGCAAAAAGCAGUUCCAUUUCGUAAGCCUGCAUGAGCAAAACUGCGCAUCGAUUGUUCCAGCUGAUGUGAGCGAUUCCUCAAACGGCGUUUACUAAUGAUUGACACAAAAUGGCAUAACUUGUGUUGUAGCUGUUGUUGCUUUUGUUCUGACAAAUUGGAAGAAACACGGUGCAGUGAACCUGCUGAACCGGUGCUGAGCCUCCUUUCUGCGUAGGCUAACGAGUCCACCGGGCACGUACAAUCGCCGCUCGCAUCAGCCGAUGUGAUAAGCGCUCCCAUUGUGAUGCCCCGCCAUGCCCCCCUUCCCCCCCUUCCCAUCGCUGCUCCGCAAAAUGGCGCCGUACUGUUGCGCAAAUCAAACAAAUCAAAACCGCAAACUCUUCAUUAGUGAUGCCGUCGCGGCUAAGCAGAACAGGGGCCUUGCCCCAUCCCUCCGUGCUGUCUGCAGUUACGUAUGUUUGUGUGUGUUUUUCUUUUCGUUUCGUUAUGGCUUCCGGCAGCCGAUCGUGACGCCACCACACGUUACGACUGGCGGCCAUUGCUGACAGACACGCCGUUACGCAAACACGUCGCCAUUUCCAUCGCAAAGCGACGCGCGCGUUUGUGCGGGCUGGAAGGAACGUACCAAGCUGUCCGUUACCCUCCUGCCCUGUCGUUCCUGUGUUGCCUUUAGCUUUUCUGCAUUUUGGUUUCGGAGAAGCUUACGCUGGUCGUAUAUGCGUCUCUUCGCCAUACCUCCGGCUUGGUGCGCUAUUUAGUAAAAACAGAUCGUUAGAACUGGUGGCAAAGGAAGAGGAUACAAAACAAACUAACGAGAGAGAGAGAGAGAGCGUGUGUGGAUGGGAAGGGUGAGGUGAAAAUAUAACAACAAGCGGCCAGGGAAUGGGUAGAAGCGGACAAACAAACUAGCACAAAACAAAUCACCCCGUUUGCCGCAGAAAUAAUCGUUUGCAACCGAAAGCAGCAGCACACGCGGCCAGCGCACAUAAUCCAUGUCGGUCGUGAGGAGCAAUGUUUCAGGGAAAGAGCGCGGGGUCGCAAAGCGGGAACACCACUAUAUUUGUAAACACUGGCGCCCUCUAGCACGAACCGAACGACCACGCGUGCAAGAGCGACGAACGCAGUCGGCGUUGGAAACAAAAUGGUUGGCAGUUGUUUACAUCAAGCGAAGCGACGCGGAACAGUGCGUUGGCAAACAGUGCGAGGCGAGUGACGGUUCGGUGAAUAAAACGAUAAAAAAUGGCCACCACACCCCCCCCCCCCCCCCUUCCCACCCUUCCAGUACAGCCAUAAGCGACCUAAUCGUUCGCAGACAAUCAGAAAGCGGGCUACCGACGGAACCGCACAUCCACAUCCUUGCCUCGCAACACUCUUCCCAAGCACAAUCUCCCUUGCCAAGAAGAUGGAUGGAGUAGCGAGGUGUGGUGUGGGAUCGGACCUGGAAAGGAACAAACACAUUCUGCUGGACGUGAUUGUUGCUUCAGUUUCGCCCUGCGUGCUCGCUCCCGGCGGCCUGCCAGGUUUGCCCACGUGCUAAUUGACAUUCCUGUCGUUCGGCUCGUUGUGCUUUGGUGUUUCGGCGGUGUGGACCGUAGGCAACCGUGCUGUCACCCUUUUGUCAAUCACGGCAAGCAUUUGCCGGCCCUCCCCGCAUUCGCACAAAUGCCGGGCACGUAACGAAUUUGGAGCUGCAUUUAAAUGGAUUUUUGGGUGGCGAAAUUUGGGGAAAUGGAAAAUUAAUGUCCCGGGGGAGGGGCCGCGGGAAGAUGCUGAGCUGUCCCGAAACAAAUCUCACCUGUCCGAGCCUGGUGGGUAUAUUGUUGGCUGACCCGAGCCUACACUCCAGCCCGCAACGGGAUGAGUCAGCGGUUGAUGAGUUUUGUUUUCCCGCUGGAGUGAGAAAUUGGAAGUUCUCCGGAAACAGAACUUCCCCGGCGGUAAAUAAGCCGCGUUAUCCGAGAGCUUACGCUCUUUCCCCAUUGCAUUGCAUUGUUGUAGUCAUUCUCCACCCACCGCAAAACAGCCCACCGCCCGCAGUCGUUUCGAUAUUUUUACGGGCUCUCGGGGUUGUGGGAUUAUUGAAUUUUACGAGUCUGACAUGAGCCUGUGGUAUCCGAAGCGAGCGUGCUUCCACUGUUUGGAGCUGGCACGAGGUCGGGGAAAGCAUUUCCAUAACAGCCCGACAGGCGUGGGGAGGGGAAGGGGAGGAGACAAAGGAGGAGGAACCAGUCGGUGGGUUUUCGGUGCAAGAUUUAAUGUACAAAAGUUGGGCCGUUUUGGGUUCUUACGGAGCAAACCGCGCGUCAAUACUCGACCGGAGCAACUGUUCGGGUGUAAGUGCCCCAGUUUUUGUGCUCGUUCCACGCAGAACUCCAGCACGCGGAGUGGCCAGGUGGAAACGAUUACGACCUGCACUAAGAACCUUCAUAAGGUACGUUAAAGUCCCCUCCUAUCUGGCCCACCAAAUGCGCUUCCCGUGUGCAAAUGGACGAGAAAAUUUAGCGUUUCUUCAAGCCCAAAGAGACAAAUGAAAUCAUAAAGAUUGGACGGAUGUGCACAGCCAACGUCGUCGAAACGGUCAAACGAGAGCACUUCCGCACCAGCUACGAGGUUAAGGCUCGCGGCCGCUUUCUACCUCACGUAAAACGGGAAGGUAGGGAAAGACGGACACUCUGGGAAAGAUGGACACGUUUCAUAAUUGAAGGAUAAAAUAGUUGUUUCACAUUUUAAUAAUACAGCUUCGAGUCUGAAGGAGAGCACGCCGGACAACCUUUUUUUUUGGAAUCGGUCUACUAAGAGCAACUGAUCCGACACCUUGCAGAAAUAUAGACAGGAGCUUCGGCGGGAUUUCAAAGACUUGUUGGUCUGAUUUGCUGGGGUCACCUACUUCAAGCAUUCUCCCAAAGUGCCGCAACAACAGAUACUUGCGCCCAGAGGUUUCAAUAAUGCCUCUGCUCAGCAAUCUUGAGAGUUAUUGAGCGUGGUGAAUCACAAUUCACCCACUAAUUUCUUCAAUAUGUAACGAUUUCUAUCAGUGACCAUCCUUCCCAUGUCAGGUGCCUGUCUUUCCCGAACAUCACACGGAACAUUGUACGAAAAAAAAACUUUGCAAAAUCAUCAAUACUUAAUAAUAAACUUCCAUGAUGCAACAGAUUUCCGAAUGCAAGGUGGCUGGGGAAAAUGGCCUGCGCACAUUGCACGAACGCCGUAUUCAUAUUAAUUUAGAACUAUUUAAAAUUAUCUGUACGUGUCCGUUUGUCCUUACCGUCCCGUAAACGAAAGACAGCGUUCCAUCGAUUUCACGUUUUGUUUUUAUCUCUUUAUCCCGCAUUUUCCCUCCUAGCUACAGCUACAGCGCGAGCUAGCAUAUAUUGCUUAAAACCCGCAACAGCGCACGUGCUCCGCGGGCGUGCAUACAUUUCAGGCGCGUACAGCUGACAGACACUGCAGCGCACACUCGCGGCUAGCACGCGGCACCUGGUACUAGACCAAAGUAUGCUCCCUGAUCCUUUCUCCAUUUUCCCUUUCUCCCUUUCACCUUCCAGUUUGUGUUGCACAAAAACUCUCCCUUAUCCGGGCUUUGAAGCAACCGCCCGGCUUGCAUAGGAACGAACACUUGCCGGGGGGUUUUUAUUUUUUUUUUUUAUUUUUAUGUUUAUGCUGCUGUGUAACGAACGGAGUGUCCACGCAACAGCUGCAAGAGAACAUUAUCAUCAUUUUGCCGUUCCCCCGGGUAAUCUUCUGCUGAGCUGCGCGUAGUAGCUGGUGCAGCAGACGAUGCGAAAGCUUCUUCCUUCUUUUGCGCCCACAGUGUAGGCAAUCUUGUGUUCGGGGUCGGCAGGUGACGAUUGCAAACUGUUGCAGCUGAUUCCCAACCAACAAAACUAGCCAAAAUAAUAAUAAAAAAAAGACAACAACAACAACAACAAUAAACAAAACAGCUUCUCCAUACAUACUCA